UAAUUGAUUGCAGCGGGAUUUUGUCGUACAGUUGCUCUAUAUAUCGAAAACAACAUUUGACCAGAAACUAAGAUCCUGUUUCCCUCGCCUGUUUUAGAAACACAUCUCGACAGUUAGCUUAACAACCUGGCAAAUUAUUUCAAAUACAAUUUUGUUUUUGGGUGUUUCGUGUCCUUUAAUUUAUGUUGGAUAGGAAUUUUUUAUUCCGGCCUGUGAGGGCCUUUGCUCUCUUGCUUGUUGCUCGAAUGACAUGACACAGCAGAGAAAAACAAAAGACGUAUACGCCGAAGCGGAAGUGUGUAAGUAUUCGGACGGCCAAGGGUCUGUGUUGAUUGAUGCUUUUCAUUAACUUCCGACGUAUUGAACAGCUCGUAUAAAUCGAAUUACUUGACACGCAAGCACGCUUUAAAAUUUAUGUGUUCACGAAGCGUGAAGAAGCACAGAAUCUGAUGUAUCACCAAGCGCCUUUUCAAUAGUCAUUGUAUCACAUGUGUUGGUUUUGAAUUACAACCAGAACAAUCGCUUGGGAAAUUUUACCGGGACACAGGAGUCUGCUAGAAGUUUGAAGUCAAGACUUACAUCACAGAUCCAAUCAACCACAGUUGAAUAAGACAUUAAAGCUGAAAUUCGUCAAUUGGUGCAGCCGUGCUCGCUCCUCUCUCGAUAUGGCUAACGGGAGGGCAAUUUUAAUGGCUGUAGUUGUUGCUUGGGGCUUUUCAUGUUACUCGUAUGCGAAUACAGAAUUUGCAAACCAAUGGGCUGUAUAUAUGCACGGUGGCUUGGAAGUGGCCAAGCAAGUUGCACUGGAGCACGGGUUUCGCUGUAUCGGCCCGGUUGGAAUGCUAAAGGAUGUGUACCUGUUCACACAUCGUGCUGUUCCUCGCAGGUACAAAAGAAGUACCACAUUUAGGAACGUUGUUCUUUCUAGAGACAAAAGAGUCGAUUUAGUUGUUCAGCAAGAAAUAAAGAAGAGAGUCAAACGAGAAGCAAAGGACAUUCAUUUUUCAGAUCAUUGUUGGGGAAAUCAAUGGUAUUUGCAUAACCGAGACCCGGGAAUGACUGGACAUGAUAUGAACAUACUACCGGCUUGGAAGAAGGGCAUCACGGGAAAGAAUGUUGUCAUCACCAUUCUUGAUGACGGUAUCGAAUACACACAUAAAGAACUUGUGAAAAAUUAUGAUAGAAAUGCAAGUUACGACUACAACGACAAUGAUGCCGAUCCACGACCACGUUGGACAUUGGAAACCAACCAAUUUCGUAGAAAUGGUCACGGAACCAGAUGCGCUGGACAAAUAGCCGCAACUGGAAACAACUCGUUCUGCAUCGUUGGCGUUGCUUAUGAUUCAAAGAUCGGCGGAAUCAGGAUGCUUGACGGCGAGGUAACAGAUGCUGUGGAGGCGCGAUCAUUGACGCAUCGCAGAGAUUAUGUCGAUGUUUACAGCUCUAGCUGGGGGCCUGAUGACGACGGAAGAACGGUUGAUGGGCCUGGGAAUCUGACUACGCAAGCGCUCAUCGAGGGAAUUCUCUUUGGAAGGAAUGGAAAAGGAAGCAUAUUCGUGUGGGCAUCUGGCAAUGGAGGGACGAAUGAUGACUGCAACUGUGAUGGCUACACCAAUAGCAUAUACACGAUUUCAGCUGGCGCUGCGACGUCUUACGGAUCACGGCCUUGGUAUCUUGAAGAAUGCGCUUCGACUCUCAUCUCUUCAUAUGGGGGUGGCAACAACGUUCUUGACAAACGCAUUGUUACUUCAGAUCUGAAUGGAGGAUGCACUUUAAGGCAUACUGGAACAUCUGUUGCUGCACCAUUUGCUGCUGGUUUCAUUGCACUUGCUUUGGAGGCGAAACCAGAGCUUACUUGGCGAGAUGUACAACAUGUUCUUGUGAAUAGCGCCAAUAUUCGAAACUUGGAUCAACACAACGUGCAAGUGAAUGGAGUUAACAAGAAAUUCAGCCCAACGUUUGGGUUCGGUUUAUUGGACGGGGGAGCUUUGGUGGACCUAGCUGAAAAGUGGUCCUUGGUUUCUGAGCAGCAUAUAUGUAAAACUGCCAUUGCUAGACCGGCACUCAUUAUAGAUAGUCGUCAGAAGCUGAUAGUUGAUAUUGAUACCAAAUCUCGCAGCUUCGUUCGCUACUUAGAGCAUACCCACCUAGUUGUGAACCUCGUGCAUUCUAGUCGCGGAGCGCUCUCUAUCUACCUGGUUUCGCCAAUGGGAACUCGAAGCAGGGUGUUAAGUAGGCGCAAGCUGGAUACAAGGAGAGGAAGCUUCAAGAAAUGGGCAUUUUUAUCAGUUCACUUCUGGGGCGAAAAUCCUUAUGGAAAGUGGAAAUUGGAGAUAGACAGCGCCCAUGGAACCGGUUUACUUGAAGAGUGGCAACUAGUGAUGUACGGAACAGAGUUUACGCCCGGAGUCCCUUAUCCGGACAUAGACGAUCAGCCUCUUGUUCCGGGCCAGAAAGGCGUCAGAUGCCACCCGGAAUGUCUUGAAGGAUGCACUGGUCCGGAGCCUUAUCAGUGUAUAAGCUGUAAGAACUACAUGCUUGUUGAUGGGAAUAAGACAUGCGUGCCUAUAUGCCCCGCCAAGUACUUCACAGACGAAAUAUCAUUAUUAUGCCUACCUUGCCAUAACGCCUGCUGGUCUUGUGUUGGACCUUCAAGUGUUCAGUGUACGUCUUGCCAUACUGGAAAGCACCUGCACAAAAAACAAUGUUUUGAUCAAUGUCCGUCAGACCAUUUUAAGCUUAUCCACGAAGUUGGAUUCAAGUGCAAUAAAUGUCAUGGAAACUGUCUUACCUGCUCUGGUAAGGCAGACAAUUGUACGACUUGCCGACACGAAGAUUUUCUAAGCAAUCACAAUUGCAUCCCAAGGUGUGGUCAUGGGUACUUUUUUGAUGGCCUAAACUGCAUACCAUGCCAUGGAUCGUGUCAUACGUGUGAUGGACGUGGCUACCGUAACUGUACAUCUUGUCGAUAUAGAGGUCUUCAUAGCAACAACGACUACAAAACGAUGUAUUUUUACAAAGGGAGUUGUCUGUUUACAUGUCCUCCCCGAUACUAUAGAGAUCAUACAAAAGGUGUGUGCGAGCCUUGUGGCAAGAACUGUCUAAAGUGCGUUGCAGAGGGUGAGCAGUGCGUUGCUUGUAAAUGGGGUCACUUUCUGCCAGCGUUAAACAAGAAGGAUUGCAUCAAGGAAUGCCCUAGAGGCCAAUACCCGGACUUGCUGAAUGGCCUUUGCAUAUUAUGUUCGAAAAACUGUGAGUCGUGCAUCCCUGGAAAGCCUUUCGAAUGCUUGUCAUGUAAAAGCAGUUUGUUUGACCCCCGUAUGCUGAAGCAAAGCACCUGUGUUUCCGAUUGUGGCAUUGGGUUCUUUUCCAACAGUACUUCUAACAUGUGCCAGGUUUGUCCGUAUCCGUGCAGUGAUUGCAAGGGGGACAAAAACUGUGAAAAUUGCUACGUCAAUCUGAACGAAGAACGCUGCUUGGAAGCCUGUCCCAGUGGUACAUUCCGAGAUAUUGAACAGAGAUUCAGAUGUACGAGAUGUCACUCAUCCUGCAAAGAAUGCUCAGGGGAGCAUCUCCACCAAUGCUUAGAAUGCCCAAGAGAAAUGGUCCUUCGUGCCGAUGGGAGAUGUUCCUGGACCUGCCCUCCUGGGGCAUUCUACAAAGACUUAAAAGAACAAAUUUGUAAGCCGUGCCACCCUUCUUGCACCCAGUGCUUUGGACCAACUGAAAAAGAAUGUCGGCGAUGUGUUGGAAAUUUGAAACUCCGAGGAUCAACUUGCAUACAGCCAUGUAUUGAUAACCUGACUGAAAAUUCAUGUAACAACUGCCAUCCAAAGUGCAAAAGCUGCUUCGGCGCUACUGAAACGGAAUGUCUUUCAUGUCACCCAAAUAAAACACUUUACGAAUACCACUGCACAGAAAGAUGUCCUCGCGGAUAUUACAAAGUGCCUGGUGGAAUGUGUAUGCCUUGUCACAAAACCUGUUCAACUUGCCAUGGAAAUCUUUCUACGCAGUGUGACUCUUGCGCAAGCGAUCUCAAGUUAUUUGAGAACCGUUGUGUAUUGCGAUGUCCAAUGGGCUAUUUCAAAAUGGACGAGUGGUGCCUCAAAUGCUCUGAUCGAUGUGUCGAGUGCCAGUACUCUGAAGAUGUAUGCAUGCGCUGUAAGGAAGGCUACGUGAGACGAGAUCUUGGUUGUCACGUGUCCUGUGGUGACGGUAGCUUCGAAGUGCCUGGCACGCGGCAGUGUGAGAAGUGUCACCGUAACUGCAAGACGUGUUUUGGUUUCAAUGCAAACCAAUGCUUGUCGUGUCAUCACGGGAUGCUUCUUUACAAGUCAGUGUGUUUCGAAGAAUGCCCUUCAAGGUAUAUCGCAGAAGCACCAACGUCUAUGUGCAACAACUGCCCAGAAAACUGUAUCACCUGUUUUACUGAAGGAAACAUGUCAAUCUGCGAGCACUGCCGUUAUCCAUUUGUCAUUCAUAAAGGCGAGUGCAUCAGGUCUUGUCCACUCAUCGGGUAUUACACUGACUUCUACACCAAGAGCUGCAAACAAUGCCAUGAUACAUGUGACAUUUGCUAUGGCCCUGAUAAAGAUGAAUGCAUGCUCUGUAAAAAGGGACUUUCGCAAGUUGGCAGUCUUUGUGUUGAAGAAACCUGUAAGGAAGGUUAUUACAUCGAUGCUGAGUCGUUAAAGUGCAAAAAGUGUCAUCUCUCAUGUAGGUCCUGUCGUGGCCCAUCUGUAAGACAAUGUACGGAAUGCUAUGGAGACUAUAUCCUGCAUAGAAAUAGGUGCAUUCUUGGAUGCGAUGCUGAUAAGUAUCCAGACCAGAAGACUGGUAUAUGUAGAUUUUGUGACCCGUCCUGCCAAACGUGUGUAGGACCUACAUCGAGGAACUGCACAGGCUGUUUCAAAGAGCACAUCCUUGUUGAUGGCAAGUGCAUUCUUAACUGCGCAGAUGGUAAAUACUUGAAUAAGUUCACUGGGCAGUGUAUACCAUGUCACAAACGAUGCAAAGGUUGCAACGGCCCUGACUACAAUAACUGCACGGACUGUCGUAGUGAUAAAAUUCUUAGCAGUUCUGGGGCCUGUGUAAAAAGGUGCCCCUCUGGUUUCUUCGCAGAGCCAAUCUCCGAACGUUGCCAGUCUUGCAGUCCUCUUUGCAAAAACUGUAAUGGCCCAAGCAUAAAAAACUGUACUGCAUGCCAUAAUGAACUUGUUUUGGCCAACGGUAGAUGUGUUCAUGAUUGCAAAGAUGGUAGUUAUCUUGAUUCUUUAUCUGGAAAAUGCUUGAAUUGCUUACCGCCAUGCAAAGAAUGCAAGGGACCGUUGUAUGAAUGCACUUUGUGCCAGGAUGGUUUUGUCUUGACCGAUGGGAAGUGUUUGCCGGAUUGCACAAACGGAAGCUACCCAGAUAAAACACUACAAGUGUGCUUAUUGUGUAACAGUAACUGUAAAAUGUGCGAUGGUCCAUUCGAGAACAAUUGCACAGCGUGUCUUUCGAACAGUAUUCUUAUUGAUGGGGAAUGUGUGUUGAAUUGUCCUGAUGGAACAUAUUCAAGCAGAAUGCAGAAAACAUGCAAUGCUUGUGAUUCAUCGUGCGUAACAUGUGAUGGGGCCCUUGCCAUUGACUGUACUUCAUGUAAAACGGGCUACGCCUUGUUUGAUGGCAAAUGCAUUCUGUUCUGCAAUGAGGGUUUUUACCCCGAUGAGGAAAAGGGAAAGUGUCUGCCCUGUAAAUCAAAUUGCAAGGCGUGUACUGGCCCGAAGAAGAACGACUGCAUUAGUUGUAAGCAGGGAUUUGUUAUGAGAAAAAGCGAAUGUGGUGCAGGAUGCAAUGAAGAUUGCUUUUACAACGAAGUAUCAGGCAAUUGCGAGAAGUGUACAAAUCCGUGCGCUACCUGCUAUGGACCAAGUAUAAACGAAUGUAUUUCCUGCAGAGCUAACUUUAACUUGAUUGAUUCCACCUGCUUUCCUAUUUGCAAGAGAUCUGAAUAUCUGGAUGCAAAGAGUUGGGAGUGUAAAAAAUGCGCCAAUGCUUGUGAAAGUUGCUUUGGCCCUGCGAGAAAGAAUUGCACCUUAUGUAAGCCAGGUUUUACCUUGAUUGAAAGUACAUGUUUCAUGAUGUGUGAAGGAGGAGAGUAUAGGGACUAUGCAUCGGGAAGGUGUCUCAAUUGUAGUGAAGGUUGCCUGGCAUGCCAGGGCCCUUCUAUAGCAGACUGUGUCAUCUGUAAAAAAGGAUACCAAUUGAAUGAUCGAAUGGGUUGUACUGAGGUUAAGUGUACCGAAGGAAGGUUUUUUGAUGAUGAUACAUGGCGAUGUAAAUCUUGUCACAGUGAUUGCAAGUCAUGCGAUGGACCAUCGAAAGAGGAGUGUUUGUCUUGCAACGAUGGGUAUCAGCUUUUGAAUAACACCUGUGCCAACAUCUGUCAUGAAGGUAGCUUUUAUGAUAUCGAAAAUGGUCGAUGCGAAAAAUGCAGUGAGCUGUGCAAGACAUGCAGUGGUCCAGGCGAAAGUAACUGUACGUCGUGCCAAAAAAGACACAUAUUGAUCGGAAACACGUGCAGAAAUACAUGUGUAGUAGGUAGUUACUACAAUGAAGAAACACAAGAAUGUGAGCUGUGUAAUGACAGCUGCCUUAGUUGUGACGGGCAAAAUGUGACAGAUUGUACCUCUUGUCCUCCAGGUUUCAUGCUAAAGAACGGCCUCUGUGCUGUUGAGUGCGCAGAUGAAAGCUAUUUUGACUUAGACAAGCUCAGAUGCUUGCCUUGCUCAAGCAGAUGCCUAUCUUGUAACGGGCCAACAAAAAGCAACUGCACCGGAUGUUUCGAUUCUCUUGUUCUCAGAAACGGUAGCUGUGUUCAGCUUUGCAAAGAGGGCACAUACAGAAAUAUAGAAUUGGAUUACUGUAUGGCGUGUGAUUCUUCAUGUAAGACGUGUCAUGGUCCGGGCACCAAUGACUGCACGGCCUGUCGAGACAACAAACGGCUGAUGAAUGGUGCCUGUGUUUCAAAGUGUAUUCGUGGGUAUUAUUUUGAUGAAAAUAUUGAAGAGUGUGGAAAGUGUCAUCCAACUUGCGUAGAAUGCACAGGUCCAGGUGCAAAUGAAUGCACGCGCUGCGGAGAAGACUUCCUGCUUAGCAAAAAUAUAUGUCAUCUCUGGUGUAUGACAGGGUCCUACCCAGACGACAGCUUGUUUAAAUGCGUACAAUGUGAUGCGACUUGUAGAGAGUGUUCUGGACCCACGAAGAACAACUGCACUGACUGUUAUAGCCGGCAUUCCCUUAAACAUGGAGUGUGCCAGGUUCUGUGUUCAAAAGAAACCUACUUGGACACAGACAGAAACUUAUGCCAAAGUUGCGACCGCCCGUGUAAGGAGUGCAUUGGGCCGGGGUCUGAUAAUUGCUCUUCCUGCAUUGACGGACACGAGCUUCAAGGACAAUCUUGUAUACAGCCUUGUCUGGAUGGUUAUGUUGACACAGAAAACAAAUGCAGAGCAUGCCACGAUGCUUGCUUAGGCUGCCAUGGGCCUGGUCCAGGUAGUUGCAACGAGUGCAAGUACAGUGAUAAAUUAAUGGGUGAUUUAUGCACUUGUAAAAAUGGGUACUUCAUGAAUAUGGAUACGUUUGAUUGCGAGAAAUGUGACAGAACAUGUGAAAAAUGCACUGGAACGGGACCACAGCACUGCACAAUUUGCGCGGAUAACCUCUUUUUUGACCAUUCCAUGAAAAUGUGUUCUUAUGUUUGCAGCACAGGAACGUAUUUCGAGAAUGAUGCCUGUUUCCCGUGUCAUGAAACAUGUCAUUCAUGUGAUGGGAAAGAGUUUAAGGACUGCCUCCUUUGUAAUGAUACACUGGUUCUAUACAAUUCGACGUGUAUUGAAGAAUGUCCUGAUGGCUUUUACAAGAUGACCUUUGAAAAAAAAAGUAUCUGCGUGAUGUGUAAUGAAAAUUGCAAGACAUGCUUUGAAAGGAGUAUGGAUCAAUGUAUAUCUUGUUAUGAUGAUUUUGUUUUGCAGAAUGGUACGUGUAGAGAGAAUUGCACAUCGCCCUACGUCAUGGACACGGCGAGCAAAGAGUGUGUCAUUCCACUAGAAAAACCAUUCAUAAGGAAGCUUCUUUCUUUCAAAGACGUACACUCCCAGCAAACGUUAAAAUCGAACAUUUCAUCAUUGCUCGAAAACAACAUCCUCUUGGUCUUGUCCGUUUCUUUCCUCGUCCUUCUCUUUGCAUUUGUAUUAAAGAAUCGCUAGUACUGUGUUAAGUCAACACUCAGUUGCAAAAGCAUUCUUUUAGCCAGCUCCCAACAGCCAUGGCGAGUCUCUGCAUUAUUUAAGGAAAGUUAAUGCGCUUGCAGCCAUCUUAAUCUUACAGCAUGUAUGGAUGAUCUCGUUAUCACACACUGCCUCGUUGUUAACACCACUUGCGAUGACAACAGAAGUUGGCAAUAUCUGACAGAACUUGCAAUAUCGAAUGGACAGAUUAAAAGAUGAGGACAUUCUUAAUUUUGAAGGGUUUUACCAUUCGUAUGAGUGUUUUAUUACAAGGUUGUUUUAACCAUUCUGUAUAUAUAGUUAAUUAAUGCAUACACAAAUUUAUUGGAAAACCUAUAUCUUGAUCUCGAGAUGAUAUCUUGCCAAUUAUUUUUUCAAAUAUUCUCAACCAAUAUGUUUUUGUCAUGCUGCUUGAGUUUGAUCAUGAACAGUAAAACACUUGUUUGAUAGCUACUAUGCUAAAUAUAUUGAUAGCCUGUGUAGGACACCAUCACCCACUGAUUCAGUAUUUCUUACGUUUUUAACGCAGCGUUUUAACAAGUAAAUGAAAAUUCAAGUUGGUCGGUCUUUCUUAAUCCAGUAUGUUCUUGUUUUUUAAUCAACAUAGGUCUUAUUUUUUCUAUAAUGAGUCCAAUAUUUUUAGUUUUUAUUUUUUAACUUGUCAAUGUCAAGAAGAAGAUCCGUUUUGAUUAAAUUUGCUUAUCUACACAAAACGUUUCAGCUGCAAAAUCUAUAUUCUAAUAUGGAAUUUUCUAUCGAACGUGAAUGGUUUUUAAAUUUAACUAAUACUUUGUAAAAGACGCCAAUUUCUUCGAUGUAUAAAUUAUGUUGGAUUUGAAAAAGAA